AAAUUGAAAUAUCGAGUAAGUUUAGAGAUUAGGUCAUUGAAAUUCUGUUGCCGGUAGGGCGUAAAUUAAUAGUAGAAGAUCAAAAUGAAGAUACACACAUCAAUCGUCGCAUUCUUCGUACUGAGUUCGACGUUGGUUCUUAGAUCGGCUGCUUUUCCAUCAAAUUAUCUGCUCGGAGUUGCUCCAGAAGAUGAGAUAUAUUACAAGGGAUUAUGGUCUUCAGGAACGAUUAAAUGCAAAGAUGGAUCUAAAACAUUCACAAAAGCACAGCUUAAUGACGACUUUUGUGAUUGUUUUGAUGGCACUGAUGAGCCAGGAACAUCGGCUUGUCCUGCUGGGAAAUUCUAUUGCCGAAAUGCUGGACAUAGUCCCGUUUCAAUAUUUUCGUCUAGGAUAAAUGAUGGUAUUUGUGAUUGCUGUGAUGGAAGUGACGAGUAUGAUGGUAAAAACAAGUGCAAAAUUACCUGUUGGGAGGCUGGAAAAAUGGUGCGAGAUAGAUUAAUGAAAGAGAUUGCGACAUUUCAGGAGGGUGUUGGCAUAAGAGCGCAUGAAGUUGAAGAAGCUAAAAUUUCAGCUGCAAAAGACGAGGCAGAGUUAUCGAGGCUGAAGAAUGAGGAGAAAAUUCUCAAGGAGAUUGUCGAAAAGCUUAAGGAGCGCAAGGAACAAAUAGAGAAGGCAGUGGAGAAAGAACGCAUCCAGAAAGAACAAGAGGAGAAGCAGAAAAAGGAAGCUGAAGAAUCUGAAUCGAAGGAACACAAAGAUGAAGACAAAGUUGAUGUUCCAGAGCAAGAACCUGCAGAAAAUACUGAUGAUGAUAAAGCUGGGAUUCUUGAUAACCCUCCUCCGGGCCAGAAUCUAAAGGAAGACCCUGCUGAACCUGCGGUUGAAGUGGUACACAAUGCUUAUGCAUCUCUUGACAUCGGAGAAGAGAAUGCUGCACAGGAAGAGGAAGGGUCCAAAGUUGCACAUGCAUCUGACCCGAGUACUGGACUUGGAAGUAAGGGAGAAGAUGCAACCAAAGACAUUGAUUCAUUAUCAAGGGAGGAGUUGGGCCGUGAAAUUGGUUCACGUUGGUCUGGAAAAAACCACGAGCAGCAACAUAAUGAUUUUGAUGAUGUUAAGAAUAAUGACGAGACAUCUGUUAAUGCGCAUGAUGAAGAAAAUGAUGGGUACGAUACAGAAACAGACGAAUAUCAUCAUCAACAUUAUGAGGAGGAUGACACUGAAGACCAGAUGGGUGAUGUUGGAGAUGAAGCUAAUGAUGACUCCAGUUCUUCCUACAAAUAUGAGCCAGAUGAUGAAGUGGACAUGUCAGAUAUUGAAAGCACAAGCAGCCCAUCAUGGUUUGAGACGAUUCAACGAAUUGUGCGGAAUUUUCUGCAGGCUGUCAACCCGUUCCAAACUCCAGUGGAUACAUCUGAAGUUGAAAAUGUACGAAAAGAAUAUGAUGAGGCCAGCGGGAAGUUAUCUAAAACAAGAUCAAGGAUAUCUCGGUUAAAAAAGAAGCUAGGAAAUGACUUCGGACCAGAGAAGGAAUUCUACUCAUUAUAUGGACAAUGUUUUGAGAGCAAACAGAACAAGUAUGUUUACAAAGUUUGUCCUUUUAAAGAAGCCACCCAGGAGGAAGGCUACAGCAGAACUCUCUUGGGGCAGUGGGAGAAAUUUGAGGAGUCAUACAGCGUCAUGCUCUUCUCAAAUGGUGACAAAUGUUGGAAUGGUCCUGAUAGAAGUUUAAAGGUCAAGUUACAAUGCGGAUUGAAAGUCCAGGUUGCUGAUGUAGAUGAACCAAGUCGUUGCGAAUAUGAGGCAAUGUUGACUGCUCCCGCUCUUUGCCUAAAAGGAAAACUCAAGGAACUAGAAGAUGAGCUACGUGCCCUGAACAAGGAACAACCACAACUUCGCGACGAGCUUUGAAUCGUUUCGGCUACUUCUAAUGUUUGAUGAUUCAGAGCAAGUGUUUGUGGAGAAAACCGCUCGAGCCUAACAUUGUAUUUGUCAAAUGUCGAAGGGAUCAAUCAACUCCCCCCGGUAUAGCAAAAACCGAACUUGGUAAAAACGUAACUGUCGAAAGAUGGCUUACCAGCCUCAUUCUUCUUCCAUUUUUGUAUGCUAAAAAGAGGAUCAAUACAAGACUUCCAUGAAAUGUGGAGGUGAGGCUUGUCUGCAGGAUAAGGAUUAUUUGAGAGCUCUAAUUUUGCAUC